AUGGAGAAGAUUGUGAAUUUAUCCAUUUCGGUGCUGCUGGUUUUAUGGGGGUGCGCGCUUGGAGGCUCGCCCAGUGUUCAGAUCGGGGGACUGUUUCCAAGGGGCGCGGACCAAGAGUACAGCGCGUUUCGGAUAGGAAUGGUUCAGUUUGGCACUUCUGAAUUCAGAUUGACGCCUCACAUCGACAAUCUGGAAGUGGCGAACAGUUUCGCCGUCACCAAUUGUUGCCUGACCACGCUGCAGGUCGUCCUGGACACGGCGGCGGAGAAGAAGUGGCAGGUGACGGCCAUCAACGUGGGGAACCUGAAAGACGAGAGGAAGGACGAGGCGUACCGCUCGCUGUUCCAGGACCUGGAGAACAAGAAGGAGCGGAGGGUGAUCCUGGACUGUGAGCAGGACAAAGUCAAAGACAUCAUGGACCAGGUCAUCACAAUCGGCAGACACGUGAAAGGCUACCACUACAUUAUAGCCAAUCUGGGCUUCGUUGACGGAGAUCUGUCCAAGAUCCAGUACGGUGGGGCCAACGUGUCGGGCUUCCAGAUCGUGGACUUCGACGAUCCUCUGGUGUCCAAGUUUGACCAGAGGUGGGAAGCCCUGGAGGAGAAGGAGUAUCCUGGUGCCGACAAUAAAAUAAGGUACACGUCUGCGUUGACCUACGACGCCGUGCAGGUGAUGACGGAGGCGUUCCGCUACCUGCACAAGCAGCGCAUCGACUUCACCAGGAGGGCCAACAAUGGCGACUGCCUGGCCAACCCUGCUGUGCCCUGGGCUCAGGGUGUGGAGAUCGAGCGAGCACUGAAACAGGUCCGUGUGGAAGGUCUCACAGGAAACAUCCAGUUCGACCAACAUGGCAAGAGAGUCAACUACUCGGUGAACGUGAUGGAACUGAAGACCAACGGCCCGGUGAAGAUUGGAUACUGGAAUGAAGUGGACAGGAUGGCUGUGACCAAAAGUGACGUGUUUGCCAACGAAUCGACAGGAAUGGAAAACAAAACAGUCAUCGUCACCACCAUUUUGGAAGCUCCGUAUGUGAUGCUGAAAAAGAACUCUGACCUUUUCGUGGACAACGACCGCUACGAGGGCUACUGUGUUGAUCUGGCCGCCGAGAUAGCAAAACACUGCGGCUUCAAAUAUCAGCUGAAAAUCGUGAGUGAUGGGAAAUACGGAGCCAGAGAUGCAGAGACUAAAAUCUGGAACGGGAUGGUGGGAGAGUUGGUGUACGGGAAAGCAGACAUUGCCGUGGCUCCUCUCACCAUCACGCUGGUGCGAGAGGAGGUGAUCGACUUCUCCAAGCCCUUCAUGUCCCUGGGAAUCUCCAUCAUGAUCAAGAAGCCUCAAAAAUCCAAACCGGGAGUCUUCUCCUUCCUGGAUCCGCUCGCCUACGAGAUCUGGAUGUGCAUCGUGUUCGCCUACAUCGGCGUCAGCGUCGUGCUGUUCCUCGUCAGCCGCUUCAGCCCGUACGAGUGGCACACCGAGGAGUACGAGGACGGGCAAAUCCAGACCAACGAGUCGACCAACGAGUUCGGCAUAUUCAACAGCCUGUGGUUCUCCCUCGGAGCCUUCAUGCGUCAAGGCUGUGACAUCUCCCCGAGAUCUCUGUCUGGGCGUAUUGUCGGUGGCGUGUGGUGGUUCUUCACUUUGAUCAUCAUCUCCUCCUACACGGCCAACCUGGCUGCUUUCCUGACAGUCGAGCGGAUGGUGUCUCCCAUUGAAAGUGCAGAGGACCUGGCCAAACAGAGCGAGAUAGCGUACGGCACCUUGGACUCCGGCUCCACCAAAGAGUUUUUUAGGCGCUCCAAAAUCGCCCUCUUUGACAAAAUGUGGACGUACAUGCGCAGCGCGGAGCCCUCUGUGUUUGUGAAAACCACAGCAGAGGGCGUUGUGAGAGUCCGCAAGUCCAAGGGCAAGUACGCCUACCUGCUGGAGUCCACCAUGAACGAGUACAUCGAGCAGCGGAAGCCGUGCGACACCAUGAAGGUGGGAGGCAACCUGGACUCCAAAGGCUACGGGAUCGCCACGCCGAAAGGAUCCUCAUUAAGAACACCAGUAAACCUUGCGGUAUUGAAACUCAGUGAGCAAGGCGUCUUAGACAAGCUGAAAAACAAAUGGUGGUACGAUAAGGGUGAAUGUGGAGCCAAGGACUCUGGAAGUAAGGAGAAGACCAGCGCCCUCAGCCUGAGCAACGUGGCUGGGGUCUUCUACAUUCUGGUCGGAGGACUCGGCUUGGCCAUGCUGGUGGCCUUGAUCGAGUUCUGUUACAAGUCCCGAGCCGAGGCGAAACGAAUGAAGAUGACCUUCGGGGACGCCAUGAGGAACAAAGCGAGACUUUCCGUCACUGGGAGUACUGGGGAGAAUGGUCGGGUGAUGACUCCAGAGUUUCCUAAAGCUGUCCACUCCGUCCCUUACUCGAGACCUGACAUGGGACUGAACGUCAGCCUGACAGAUCUGUCCUGA